AUUCGGGCCCGUGGCAAUGUUAUCUGAGCUGAUAAUCACCGGGCCUGUGCCGUUCAUACUUGAUAUAUACGAUUUAGUAGCAAAACUUUCAUUCAGUAACAAUACACAGUGAGUUGUACUAAUUAACAAUUAAAAAUGUUUGUGUUUUUCACUUUGCUGCAGUUGGCCGUUACCUCUGUAUUUGCAGAUGUAAAAUUCCAGGCUUGUGACUCGAGGAGUCUGUACACGCUGAGAGCAGUCAAAAUUACCGGUUGUAAUGGAAUUGUGCCAUGUAUCGUGACAAAAGGGCAGAACGUGUCAGUCACUAUGGACUUUCAUGCAGAUUAUUUAUUCCAAAACUUGGACCAAGAUGUUAGGAUGCAAAUAAAUGGUGUUCUUUCCAACGUUACAGUCACCCCUGAUCCUUGUGUAAGGGGCGAAAAUUGUACAGUAGUACAAUUAUCCACGUACGACGCGAUGAAUUCGCUGACUGCCAUGCUUACGGUGCCUGAAAACAUACCUACGGGCAUGCGUGGUACCCUGAAUUGGCGCACCGAAAAUGCAGAAGGAACAGUGUUGCUGUGUUACACCGUUACAGUACAAAGCCAAGAGCCCAGUCAGAAAGUUAUGCGAGAUCUAUUCAAUCUGUAUGAAUAUGACACGGAGGAGGAACUAUCUUCUGACUACAAAGAAUCGAUUAAUCCACGAUAGAUAUUUAACGAUUCUCCAUACAUGGACGUAACGUGGAACAUUAAAUAUUAUAUACAAAUCCACUUUAUAAUAAUAAUAAUAAAGUAUUUCAUACUAGUGCCGGAUUAAGCACGUGGUGGCGGACCCGCACAAGGUUUCCAAAUUUAAACAUACUCUUCUCACCCCUAUCGUAAAGUAAAGAAAUGAGAUGGGACUGAUGAAAGAGGAUGUAGCUAUUUACUAUUCAAUAUGUCCACCAUUGCCUGCUCUACUUAAUAUAGUUAAUAAAAUACUGUUGGUUAAUUAAAUAUACCUAUACCUACAUACAUUAUUUUAGGUCCAUGUUAAAAACCUAUAGCAGAUCAAUGCUAAAUAAAUAUAUUAUACUAUUUCACCGUUCGUGGUACCUACCCCUACCUACCUACGUACUAAAUCCGGCACGUCUUACUUAUCACUUUUGUUAUCUGCUCCAUAAGUAGAUACCUAUUUACCUAUGUGUAUUACCUAUAUAUAUAAGUUUUCAAAAGUUUAUUUAGUUUAUGCUUUAAAUAAGUAACAAUCUCUAAUGUUUCUUUUGUUUAUUUUUUAGUAUAUAUCUUGCGAAGUGUUUAGUUUUACUUAAAAGGCUUAGCCCUCCGAUAAAAUGUCUCCGAUAGUAUUUUAAUUUCUAUAAUAUAUAGUAUGCAUGAUAUUAUGUUAGAUAUGGAGCCUCAUUAUAACUGAGACCAAUAUAUGUAUAGGGUGACUGGUAAUUAGUGAAGGAUAUUAUAACACGUGAUUGUACUCACACAAACAACUUUUCCAAAGAAACUCAAAUUUCAUCAGCACGUGUGCGUUAAGUUCCAAAAUACCUAGUAUUCUAUUACUAUUACAUACAUUAUAUGUCUCCUAAUAAUAGAGAAGUUUCCUAAAUUUUCAAAUAAAAUGUCAUCCAAAAAUCUUCAAAAAUUGUGCUACGCAAUACUUGAACGUUGUUAUAGGUAGUAUGGUCGAAUAAACUUGCUGUUUUUUUUAUUUACUUAGUUGCACAGGUAUGUAUUAAGUAAUUACAUUUUAUUGAAUAAAGAUACUGAUUAUUUUUAUUUCCA